UUCCAACAUCAGAAUCCAAACAGACAAAAUACAAAGAACAACAAACAACAAACACUCUUGAGCAAAAACUUACUUUUGUGUGUCUUUGUGUUCAUGGCUGGUCUUAGGAAUUCCAGUAACAGCGACAAAGCGCAAAACGAUGGGAAAGGUGUACCAUCUGCCUACAGAGGAGUCCGGAAGAGAAAAUGGGGGAAAUGGGUGUCUGAAAUCCGUGAACCGGGGACAAAGAACCGUAUCUGGCUAGGCAGUUUCGAGACUCCUGAAAUGGCUGCAACCGCCUAUGACGUGGCAGCAUUCCAUUUCAGGGGGCGAGAAGCUCGUCUCAACUUCCCUGAGCUCGCCAGCAGCCUUCCACGUCCUGCAGACUCUAGCUCAGACAGCAUUCGCAUGGCAGCUCAGGAGGCAACACUCUGCCGCACAACCGAAGGAUCAGAGUCAGCCAUGCAAGUGGACAGCUCAAGCUCCUCCACUGUAGUUCCAACAAUGGUCAGACUCUCGCCCACGGAAAUUCAAGCGAUCAACGAGUCAACUUUGGGAUCUCCAACUACAUUGAUGCAUUCAACAUACGACUCUAUGGCGUUUGCUAAUGAUAUGGAGAUGAAUGCUUGGGAAACAUACCAGAGUGACUUUCUUUGGGACCCUUAACUCCAAAACCGAACUCAUGGAGAGUUUCUACAGCUCAAUCUUACAAUACCAGCAUAAGUUACUGGCCUAGAAUGCUUAAUUUAUUUAAGUUUAGUUUUCAGAGUCUAGCACAAGGGUUGUUGAUUCUGACGUUAUAGCAAAGAAUAAAGUUCAUCUGAGUUU